AGAAGAUGUAACACAGAAAUGAGUAGAGAUUGUGUAGCAGUUUACAGGGAAGUGUCAUACUGAACUCAAGAACAAAACUCAUCGGCUUAUUUGUGGAUCAUCCACCAAACCAAAUAGUCUUCUGUUCAAACACAGAAAUGGAGAUGUCUGAGAACAUUUAUAACAAUGAUCCUGUUAAAGAAGAGCAAAUGGAAGAAACAGACUUUAACACACCUGGAGUAGGUGAUGAGAUGGUGGAGAGGGUAGUUGAUAUUUAUGACAGCGCAGACUUCUUCCAGGAUCAUGAAGCUGAAACAAAGAUCGCAGUGCAUCAGCAGCCAGGCAGGACUUUGCUCAGAGCUGUAAUUGUGUGCCUGGUGCUGCUCGGUGUUCUCCUCCUGGCUGGCGUCAUCGGCACUGGACUCUACUAUUUCCUUAGUUGUGCUCUAGAUCAGAGGAGUCUCACUGUGAAUUUACUGUCUCAUGCAGUCACAUCCAAACUGCAGACCCAAAGCGAGGACUCGACUCAAAAGAGGAAACAGGCUUUACUUGAACUCAAUAAUUUCUGUAAGGAUGGAUGCACAUCAUUCAACAACAGUUUUUACUACAUUUCUUCUCAAUACAAGAGCUGGGACGACAGCAGACAGGACUGCAAAGACAGAGGGGCAGAUCUGGUCAUUAUAAACAGCAAAGAAGAGCAGGCAUUCAUCACUUCCUUACGAAAACAAGUCUGGAUUGGUCUGACUGACAGAGAAGAACAGGACACAUGGAGAUGGGUCGAUGGUUCAGUUCUGAACAGCACAGAGUUUUGGGACAAAGGUCAACCCAGUGGCAGGAAGGACUGUGUCUCCAUCUACUGGUAUACAAUGGAGAGAAGCUGGAAAACUGAGCCUUGUACCUCGCAUCUUGUCUGGAUCUGUGAAAAAGUGACUGACUUUUACCAAUGACAAGGAGCGCACAAGACUGUGGCCUUUGUUGUCUCUUGUUUUCUUGUUAAUAAAGCACUUCUUUAGUUAAAAACUGCAGCACAGAAAGACUGUUAGGAAAAGGUCAGUACAUCAAGUACAUUCAGAUUCAUCACCACGUUGAUACUGUUGUUGAGAAACUGCUUAAUACUGCUGAGGACCUCAAGACCCACACAUGACCAUGUGUAGCCUAAGGAUAGAAAAUUCCAUAACAGAUACUAAACCAUCUUGCCAGAAAAAUGUAGAGUUAAUACUUCAGUAUUGGCUUAAAAAAUCUUUUGUAAAAUAUACUUUGAUUCUCUGAUGAUGAUUUUACUUUAUGUUGUUAGUUUGCAUGACAGAGACAAUGUGCUACACAAGCUUGAAAAUAAAAAUGGCAAAUUGAAUUCUGA